AUGGUCUCAUUGGCAGGAACAGUCGAUGGGAAACAAUAUCUCUCAUCCAGAACAGUCGACGAGAUGAUCCAAGAACGGAUCCACGGCCAAGACCUCGUCCUUUCGUCAGUCUUGCGAUUCGGCUUGGGAGUUGGCUUGCCCGUGCCGCAGACAGUCCCGUGGGUUCUGGAAGGUCGUGUUUGCUUUUGGUGUGGCUGGGGGGGAGCAACGAUAGUCAUGGAUUUGGAUCGGUGGAUGACUAUUGGAUAUGCUAUGAACAAGAUGGGGAGCGGGACUUUGGGAAAUGCAAAUACCGAAGCCUAUGUCAACGCAGUGUAUGCAGUUAUUGACGGAAAAUCGCCUCCAGUUUUGUGA